CGGCGGGACUCAGGCGCAGCGGAGCGUCCUUACCGAGCGGGGUUCCUUGCAGGCGCUCCUGUCAGUUUUAUGUUUGGACCUCCUGACUGUUUUGGAUCUGUCUGUAAUAGCAGUUGCUGCUGUUCAGUUGCUGCUGUUUUGCUUCACUCAUUACCCCAGAGAAAGAGAUAACUCUCAAGGUUUAAGCCAGCAUCAAGCUACAAGCAGAUCUAUGACAAUGCAAGGACCUCAACCUGCCACAGCACCUGGAAUGCCCUAUGGCUCCCCUCAGCAGAUCCCUGGGACUUACCAAGGUGCAGGGAACUAUGGAUUCCAGGCACAGCCCAUGGGGUUCCCAGGUGGAUUUGUCCCUCCACCUGUGCAGAACCAGCCCGCCACGGAUGGGACAAUCUGGAUGCCUAUCCCUCCUUCUAUUCCCAACUGCCCUCCUGGACUGGAGUACCUCACACAGAUUGACCAGAUAUUAAUUCAUCAACAACUUGAACUUCUUGAGAUUGUGACUGGCUUUGAAGAAAACAACAAAUACGAACUGAAGAACGCACUGGGACAAAGGGUGUACUUUGCAGCAGAGGACACUGACUGCCUGACCAGGAACUGCUGUGGGCCAUCACGGCCCUUCACCAUCAAGAUUAUUGACAACCUGGGCCGUGAGGUGAUAGCGCUGCACAGACCUCUCCGAUGUGGCUCCUGCUGCUGCCCCUGCUGUUUGCAGGAGCUGGAAGUCCAGGCGCCUCCAGGAACAACAGUUGGUUAUGUUGUCCAGAACUGGCAUGUCUGCCUGCCAAAGUUUACCAUUCAAGAUGAGAAAAGAAAGGAUAUUCUAAAAAUUACUGGCCCAUGUGUUGUGUGCCGGUGUUGUGAGGACAUUCAUUUUGAGGUGAAGUCUCUGGAUGAGACUUGUCCUGUUGGGAAGAUUUCUAAGCAGUGGACUGGUCUUGUGCGGGAAUUGUUUACGGAUACAGAUAACUUUGGAAUCUCAUUCCCAAUGGACCUUGAUGUGAAAAUGAAAGCUGUCAUGAUUGGUGCUUGCUUCCUUAUCGACUUCAUGUUUUUUGAGCAUACUAAUAAGCAUCAGCGAGCAGGAGUUUGGUAAUGAAAUCUAGAUAUUCUCUAUGGAAGAAGAACAUGGAUCUCCCAACUUUCCAAUGAAUUGCAGACCUCCAGUAAGAAUAUGAGAAAUGUAAAUGUUAUAGUUACAUUUCUGUAAGCUAAAAGCUUUAUGGUCUUUUCUAUUAUUUGUUUAAUCUGGUGAAAUAAUUUGUAGUAUUCAAAUAAGUACUAUUUAUCUGUUCAAUAAUAUAAUUUCAAUCAAUAAUAUCAUUUUGAGAAAUUUAUAGCAACCUUUUUUUUUCCAAGAACUCUGUAAUUUUGAAGUAACUAGUUAUAGUAGUUAUAAAUAACUACAAUAAUAAUACUUUAAAAAAGAGGACUACUUCUAUAUUCAAUAUUAAUAAUAACCUAAGCCUAAUAAGGAGACACUGAUGUUUUACUGGGUAUUCUUCUUUGUUAGUUUUGCCUUAUUGUUCACAUUCUGUUGUUUCCAUCUUCUUAUCAAAUACAUCAAAUACAUACAUUCAGAGCAAACUAAUGCAUUUGAACAGAACAAUCUGAAAUGAGUGUAAAAUGUUGUUACUCUGGUGUGCUGGGUCUGUGUGAGCUGCAGUUCAUUUCCUCCAGCAGCCCUCACAGAGCUGUGCUUUGCACUGGGAGCAGAAGGUGCUGCUAACCCAGCUGUGUUUUGGUGCAGCUGAGCAGUGCUGGCCCAGCAGCAGCGCUGUCUCUCCAGCAUCCCACCUGCUUGAUUUGGCUGAGGGGGCAAGGUCCUGGCAGGGGACACAACCAGGCCAGCUGACCCAAAGGGACAUUCCAUACCAUGUGACAUCAGCUCGGAUAUCUAGAUAAGCAAAGGAGGAGGAAGGUGUUGCAUUCAGUUUUACAGUGUUUACCUUCCCAAACAAUCACUUCCAUGCUGAAGCCCGGCUUCCCAAGAAGUGUCUGGGCAUUGCCUGCUGAUGGGAAGUGCAGAAUAAAAUUUCUCUUUUUUUUUUUACUUUGUGCACACACAAAGUUUUGCUUUUUGUUUUAGUAAACUGCUUUUU